ACUUCCCAAAGAAAGUACCGGUCACUCCUGCCGCCUCCAGCCGACCUGCCUUCCUUCUCCGCCCGCCCGAGAGAGCUGGACAUACCGUAUGAGCUACUAUGGAGGGUUUUUACAUGAUAAAUCUCUCAGGAUUUGAUUGAUACGGGCAUGGUUUCGUAUGUAGCGUUUUAAAGCGGUUAAAUUAAGGAGCGAGGCGGCUCAGGGCUCGUCCGUUGCUGGUUCGUAGGUUCGUCAGGUGGCUGCUGUUCAUUCAACUCACUGAAACCUGCUUUGUUUGACACUUUCCCUCCCCGUUUACAGGCGAUGUCGGGCGUGACACUUCAGAGUGGUUCCAUGCGGAUCCUGGCCGAGGGUGACCUUCUGGACCCAGAGUUCCAGCAGCGGCUGGAGGAUGCUCGUGCUUUGCUCAGACAAGAGAUCCAGCGUGAACUAAAGAUCAAGGAGGCGGCAGAGCGGCUCCGGCGGGCCGUCACCAACAGGAAGAGUGCCGCUGAUGUGGAAGGACAGCUACGAGCCUCCAGCCGUAAGCUGGAGCAGCUCCACUGGGAGCUCCAGGAACUAAAUGCACGAGCAAUGGCUAUGGAGAAGGAGACAUCCACAGACACUACCACUUCUCCAGACCCCUGCCAUUGGGAGGACUCAACAUCUCCACUGGCCAAUCGCAUCCGCACCCUGCGGAAACAGCUCACCAUGGAGCUGAAAGUGAAACAAGGAGCUGAGAACAUCAUGCAGACGUACGCCAGCAGAUCGGUUAAGGACCGAAAGAUGCUGUCCACAGCCCAGCAGAUGCUGCAGGAUAGUCGGACCAAAAUCGAGCUGCUGCGCAUGCAGAUUGUUAAAGUGACCCAGGCCAGAGAGGGAGAGCGAGAGGCCACAGACCAGGAUGGUCGGUCCUCUGAAACCAUCAGCCCCCUGGAGUUGAGGAUGGAGGAACUUCGGCACCACUUGAGGAUCGAGGCUGCAGUGGCUGAAGGAGCCAAGAAUGUGGUGAAGCAGCUAGGGGGACGCAGGGUUCAAGACCGCAGAGCGCUGGCUGAGGCUCAAGCAAGUCUGCAGGAGUCCUCCCAGAAGUUGGAUCUUCUGCGUCUGUCUCUGGAACAGAGGCUUGGAGAACUUCCCCAGGACCACCCCAAACGAGCUGCCAUUAAAGAGGAGUUGACUGUUGGGACCUCUCCCAGUGUGGGCCUGCAGAAAGAGAGACACCAUUCUUCGUCCUCAGCAUCCUCCUCUUCAUUCUUCAAGCCAGCCAGCCUUACAGGUCGGCUGGAGGUUAGGCUGAUGGGUUGUCAGGAUCUGUUGGAGUCGGUGCCAGGUCGUUGCCGGGUGUCAUGUACCUCUUCCACCCCUGGCAGCCCUUCUGAGGCAAAGUCCCUGAGGAUGCGGUCCGGCUUGUCCACUCGCAGCACCAAUGGCAAGACAGCAAAGUCUGACGAGUUAUCCACGGAGAUCAGCGCAGUGUUGAAGGUGGAUAACCGGAUGGUGGGCCGCACACACUGGCGUCCAAUGGGCAAAGAGGCUUGGGAUCAGAGUUUCAUCAUUGAACUUGAGCGGUCUCGGGAGCUGGAGAUUGGUGUGUACUGGCGAGACUGGAGGGCCCUGUGUGCCGUGAAGUUCCUGCGUCUGGAGGACUUCUUAGAUAACCAACGGCAUGGAAUGUGUCUUUACCUAGAGCCACAAGGAACACUGUUCACUGAGGUGAGAUUCAUCAACCCUGUUAUUGAGCGGCACCCGAAACUGCAAAGACAGAAGCGUAUAUUUCCCAAAGAGAAAGGUAAAAACUUCCUGCGUGCAGCACAAAUGAACAUGAACUUUGCCACAUGGGGCCGUCUGAUGAUGAGCGUGUUGCCACCCUGCAGCAGCACCAUGGCCAUGAGCCCACCACUGGCUGCCUCCGACCUGCCCUCCCCCCCACUGCCCACUGGGCCUGACCUCACCUCUCCACCAUCUGCUGAGAAAACUGCCUCAUCUACCCCUCCUCCUUCAGGCAACUCUGCAGUUGUCAAACUGAACUUCAGCGAGGAGCGACCACCCAAACCCCCUCGUCUCUACUUGACAAAGACCCCCUCAUCAGAAAGCCCAGUGUCCAUGAACUCGAAAGGACAUUCUUCAGAAGGUCCCAAGGGCAGAGCUGAGCAGCACUGUGCUCCUAAGAAAAUAAAGGGACUGCAGAUGGAGGAUUUUAAAUGUAUCUCUGUUCUUGGGAGAGGCCACUUUGGGAAGGUGCUGCUGGCAGAGCACAAGAGCACAGGGAAAAUGUACGCCAUUAAGGCUCUAAAGAAAGGGGAUGUGGUGACUCGUGAUGAAGUUGACAGUUUGAUGUGCGAGAAGAGGAUAUUUGAGACCAUUAAUGCGUCCCAUCACCCGUUUCUGGUGAAUUUGCAUGGUUGCUUCCAGACAUGUGACCACGUGUGCUUUGUUAUGGAGUACUCGCCUGGGGGAGACCUGAUGACCCACAUACACAACAGCAUCUUCACUGAGCGCCAGACCCGGUUUUAUGCUGCCUGUGUGCUUCUGGGCCUUGAGUUUCUGCAUCAGAACAAAAUUGUUUAUAGGGACUUAAAGCUGGACAAUCUGUUAAUGGAUGCUGAUGGAUUUGUGCGAAUAGCAGAUUUCGGACUUUGCAAAGAAGGUAUGGGAUACGGUGAUCGCACGUCAACAUUUUGUGGCACACCAGAGUUUCUGGCCCCUGAGGUUCUGACGGACAGCACCUACACACGCGCUGUGGACUGGUGGGGCCUCGGAGUGCUUAUCUAUGAGAUGUUAGUGGGAGAGUCUCCAUUCCCAGGAGAUGAUGAGGAGGAAGUGUUUGACAGCAUAGUAAAUGAUGAGGUGCGCUACCCAAGGUUUCUCUCCCCAGAGUCAGUCUCUAUAAUCCAAAAGCUGCUGCAGAAAAACCCAGAGAAAAGACUGGGUGCCGGAGAGCAGGAUGCUAAUGAAGUGAAAAAACACCGGUUCUUUCAGGGAAUAGACUGGGAAGCCCUAUUAGCCAAGCGAGUCAAACCGCCAUUCCUGCCCACCAUCAAGACCUCUGGGGAUGUGAGUAAUUUUGAUGAGGAGUUUACGCGCCUCAAGCCCGUGCUCACCCCGCCGCAGACGCCCUUCUUCCUCGGAGCAGAGCAGCAGGGGAUCUUUGCAGACUUCGACUUCUCCUUGCUGCACUGACCGCCUGGGACUCGGAAGAGAAGUGAUUGUGACAUAUCGAGGCUCUGUCCCUCUGUCCUGCUUAGCUUCUCUUUGUUUCUCUCUGUCUUUCUAUUUUACCUACCUAUGCAGCCAAACCAAGUGAAGCUGGUCCGCCUCCCCCUCCCUUUAAAUUCGCUGUAAGCUUUCGUGCAACUUGAGCUACACCUGAGUUUCUUCCAAAGGAGACCACUGAACCGAGAAAGUAGCUGGAGCAGUGCUGCAGCGAGACUCGGGUGCGUUACCAGAACACUGAACUGCUCUGUCUCAAGAAUAGAGGACCUGUCAUCACUGUGAGUAAGCCAAGCUUUUACCUGCCCUGCAUUGCUCCUGAUUGGUUGGUACGUGUGGGUGUGUAUGUGUGUGUGUAUGUGUGUGUGGUUUACUGAAUGUCAUUUUCCAUUUUUUUUUUCCCUGUGUAUUUUUCAGUUUUUUUUACUUUUAACCUGUAUUUCUCGUAAUGUUACUUAUCUGCACAUUUAUUAUUAUUAUUAUUAUUAUUAUUAUUUGUAUGAUGUACGUCUUGAAUUCUCCAGUUGUUGCAUGUUAAAUUUUGUUUUUCUUUUUCAGUUCAGUGUGAGUUUAUGUGGUCAGUGUAGUCAGUAGUCUUCCAGCUUAGUAGAGCUUUUGAUGCACACUUGCACUGAAACUGAACGAAUAGUUCGGGAUAGAUGAUUGUAAGAGCAGAUUGAGAAUGAUUGAGACUGUGUCCUUCCCAGAGCUGCAUUUCUCUUUUUAUGCACCUUGAUAAAAUGAAUGAUGAACAAUGUUGAGAACAACUAUAAACAGAAAAUGAUGUCUAAAUACCUAAAUUAUAUGGUAGAUGAAGUACUCUGAAUUUUAGCUCAUAGACAUUCGUCUGGGUCGCCUGGAUGAUGUACUUGUUUCUGUGUCAAAGGUCUCUCUGUGAGUGUGUGUGUGUGUAACCGAAUACAUGUGGAAAACGUUGGCUCAUGGCUAGUCUCUGAACUGGCUUUGGUCCACACUGUUCUCCAAAAUGAAAUGAACACAGGGCUGGGCCUGUUACUGCAGGUACUGUUUGUCCUCUUUGGUCCGACCCAAUAAAAACAACAACAGUAAUAUUAAAAUAAACAAUUUUAGAGGGAUACAGAAAAUUGGGCUUGGACCAAGAAGGCAACCUAACCAGCUUAACCAGAACUAAAAUUACUCCACCCUGCCUGUCUGAUUAUCGGUCUAUCUGUCUGUCUAUCUGUAUGUUGUCUGUGCACCUGCUUACUGUGAUAGAGAUGACGUUUAAAGGUACAAUAUAUAAUAUUUUUGUAUUGCUGUAUCAGCUUUUAACUUGGAUUACUCAAAGUAACCUUACUCCUCUGCCUGAUCAUGGACUGUCAUACUCUUUUGCCUUUGUAUGCAUUAUAUAUUGCACAGAACAAGUUCUAAUCACUAUGUAACACUCAAUUUAAAUAAUGUUGAUGUCAGACAGGUUACAUAUUGUACCUUUAAACCAAAUGAAGUGUAUGUCCCGUUCUGUCUUUAGUGUCUCAGCAUGCUUGUGUAUAGCGCAUUUCCAGUGAAGCUCCACUCAUUUUAAAGCAGCUGUGCUUCAGGUGUUUAUGACCUCUGAGCUGGACACUCAACUGUAAAAUGCUGUAAUCUGAACAGGUUCUAUGAUGUGUUUGUCUAUAUUUACACUGCAUUUGGGUCAUUAGAAUGUUGUCAUUAUUACUAUUAUUAUUAUUCUCAUUAUGAAGAGUUCGUAAGUAAUGGUUUACUACUGAUGCGUUAUACUGUGAGGAAAAAAAAUGAAGAAAACAAAAGAAAAAAAACACUAAAGUAUUUAAAUGAGACUUUCCCUUUAUACAUGCCAAAUGAAGGAACAAAAAAAAUAAAUCUUAUGGAAGGGGAUGAAUGUAUUUUCACAAAUAAAAUACAAUAUGACCA